AUGAGUGAAGGCUCCGACGAUGGCUCACAGAGCUCGGCCCGUCGCAAGGCCAAAAGCAGCAAGGCACCACGAAUGAACCUGAAGACGCGAAUGCAAAGCUGCCCCAGAGGUCAUUUGCCAAACUCGUGGAAUCUGGGUGAUUGCGGCAACUGGCGGAUUCGUUCAGAAACAUACUUCCGAGAUCGGCGAAAGCUGCCGUGUUGCAGCACAAUGUUUGAGCUCCUCCAUUGUGAUUGGGUUGCGGUUGGCGACGAAGGGCCAGUUUCAUGUGCCUCUAAGCAUCCUGACUUCUACCCAGCCAGUGCUAGAAAAGAUGGUGAGCAGCGGUUUCUGCUGGUGGUCAAUUUCAUUUUGGGUGACUUCCAGGCUGUCAUGACAAUGGCCCUGAAUUCUGAUGCUAAGUGGCUCAAAGAUGAGACAUCGCCUCAGUGCCGUGUUUGGAACCACUUCUUGCAUGGUGAUGACGACAGCAGGCGUGAGCGGUUUAAGCUCAUCUUGGCGGUGGAAGAUGGUCCGUGGUUGGUGAAGAAAGCUUUCAUCAAGAAACCCAUGCUGAUCUGCAAACUGUUGGGUUGUGACUUCCACCAGACGUCGCAAUAUUUGGAAGUUGCAUUUCAGCGUGCCACUGGUGCAACUGUGGGCGUCGUGCUGAAGUCCAUGAAGCGAGCAGUCCUCUCGUGCGCCUUGUUGCUUGAAGCCAAGGAGCCAGAAGAGCUUCCAGAACACUUGCUUACCACAGCAGUGGCAAACUACUUGGACCCCAGCAAAUUUGCUUGCCCCAUGAGCAGAAGUGCAGCAUGA